GGGACCAAAACACAACAGCAAGAAGUCGAAGUCACUGAAGUCAGUCUGUCGCGAAGUCAACAGGGCGUCCAGAUUUUAAUUUGAAGUUUUAACCUUUUACGAUUGAUGCCAGAAAAAGACGCACGCCGAUUUAAUUUGAAGGGUGACAGUAUGGCGGACGCGGAUGAUGACUUCUCUCUGGACCCAAACGACGUCUACGAGGAAGUGGAAAUAGAAGACUUGGAGAACAUGCUUGAGAGUGACGGAUCAGAAAACGGCGACGAUGAUGGUGCUGCCGGUGAAGAGGAGGAAGACCUCGCACCCUAUGUUCCAGAGAGGGACGAUGCAAAACUCGUGUUUAAUAAACACACCAAGUCCAUCUUUUGUUGUGACAUCGACAAAACUGGAACCCUUGCCGUGACUGGAGGAGAAGACGACAUCGCCUAUGUGUGGGAACUGAGCACCGGAGAGGUGAAAAUAACUUGCAAGGACAAUUCUGACUCGGUUGUCAGUGCCAAAUUCAACCAUGACGGAAGCCUGGUUGCCACGGGGGACAUGGCAGGUAAUGUGCAAGUUUGGAAAAUAAGCAACCAAGAGAGAGUUCUGCAGGAUCAGAUUAGCGAGCUAAAUUGGAUGGAGUGGCACCCUGCGAUCAACGUCUUGUUCGCUGGAGCUGCCGAUGGUAAUGUCACCUUCUGGAGAGUCAGCAGUGGUGAAUGCAAAAUUCUUCCAAGCAGCGGCGUCUCCUCAGAAGUGGGGAAAAUCUUGCCAGAUGGAAAAAGAGCUGUUGUUGGUUACGAAGAUGGGAGUGUCAGAGUUUUUGAUCUGCACACUUGCAAGUGCACGUUUCAAGUGCCUGCGGAUGGAGUGCCAAUCAAGAGCAUGAGCUGCCACAGAGACAACACAAUGGUCAUGGCUGGAUGCAACAACGGGGAAACCAAACUGGUUAAUACAAAAAAUGGCAAGGUGUUGGGAAAGUUAUCAUGCGCUGCCCCUGAGCCAUAUUGCGUUGAGUCUGCUGAAUUUUGCCCAUGGGAGAACCACGCGAACCUUGCAGCAUGUGUAACCCUGAACGGUGACGUUUCUGUGUGGGAAAUUUCACACCAAGAAAUCCGAAAUAAAACAACCUUACCAGAAAACAUGACCAAGCUUGCUUGGUCCAAGACAAACCGAUGCCUCAUUUUAGGCACGGUCAAAGGGGACGUUGAACUCAUGAAUGGGCUGGACCUGUCCAAGAAGAUACCUCCUCUCCUGGGCCACUCCAGCACAAUAUUGGACUUCUGUCAGUCAGGAGAUGGGAAGUUGUUGCUGACUGUUUCUGAUGACUUCACCGCUCGAGUGUUUGAAAUGCCAGUGCUUGAGUAAUUAAACGAACUGAUGUAUGUUUGUUUUUUAAACUUAUCGCCUGAAGAUGAGACUAUUUAUUAAUGCAGCUGUACCAAAUAAAGUUGCAUAGCUAAGA